AUCGACAUUGCUUCAAUAAAAUUUACUGUUCAUAAUUGAAGUGUUAUUUGCUAGUUUAACGUUAGCCAUGGAAUUUUCCAUUUUCAGUCACGUUUGACUUCUUUUUUAUUAAAUAAUUCUUUAAUCAUAACCUCAACUUGAGUGGCGGCGCGACAAAUCAAAAAUUUUUUUGAUUAAAUUAAUGUAAAUAUUUGUGAAAAUUCAAUGGUGCGUAUGAAUGUACUCGCUGAUGCUCUCAAAAGCAUCAACAAUGCAGAGAAACGAGGAAAACGACAAGUUUUGCUCAGGCCUAAUAGUAAAGUCAUCGUUAAGUUUUUAACGGUGAUGAUGAAACAUGGAUACAUUGGAGAAUUUGAAAUCGUUGAUGACCAUAGGAGUGGAAAGGUUGUUGUUAAUCUCACAGGUCGUCUGAACAAAUGUGGUGUUAUCUCGCCUAGAUUUGAUGUACCAAUCACUCACAUUGAGAAGUGGACAAACAAUCUUCUGCCAUCCAGACAAUUUGGUUAUGUAGUGUUAACCACAAGUGGUGGAAUCAUGGAUCACGAGGAAGCCAGAAGAAAACAUCUUGGAGGCAAAAUCUUAGGAUUUUUCUUUUAAGUUAAUUUUAUAAUUAUUACAAAAUGAGUUUUGACAUUGCGAUGUUAUAAAAAACAUGAAUAAAUGUCAGACUUUAAAAAUCAAAUGUUUUUCUUUGUUU